UUCCUUAAUCAUUAUUCAAACUCAAACUAUAAAUACACUCACAUUUUGUACAAAUCAUUCAAUCAAUCAAUAAAUUCCACCAAAAUCAAAUUCCACGCUACCAAUUUAAACAUGUCCUCCACUUCAUUCCUCCAAACUUUCGAUCCAUUCUCCAAGGCUAGAUCGAGCUCGAGAUCGAUUAAAAGACCUAGGGGGCUAAUGGUCCGUGUAAUGAGGAGGGAAGCCCGGGGCCGCGGGAGACGGGUGGACGAGGACAUGAUCGUGUUGCGAAAGAGGAUCCACGAGAUGAAGAUGAACGAGGAGGAUUGCGAGCUGCCGAGGGAAUGGAUGGAGUGGGAGAGGCGGGUGUACGUGAGCUAUGAUGCAAUCGUCUGCGACGCGGUGGGCCGGCUGCAGGCUUGGUUGAUGGACACGAGGCCCGGUGUUGCGCUUGGGGUGCUUGUACUUCUCGCUUUGAGUGUGCCAACUUCCACGGCUGUGGUGAUGUACAAUUUGGUGGCUGUUUUGUCUGGGAUUCGUUUGGGUUAAAUUUAGUCAGAAUUUUGUGACAAUUCGUUUUU